AUCACACAGUACAUGCGACGCGCAUUACGAGAAGGAACUGUGUGCUGUGUUGAGUCUCCACCCCGCUCCACUAGCGGUAAACGGUACUGUACGAAGAGAGCCAGGGCCCGGGGACGAACAGUCGACGAGCGUGAGCGCUAGCCCCUCGAGGCCGGGCGAUUGAUCGACGAGGAACCCGCUGGAGCUGGUGCAGGCACGAUGGCGCUUUCCCGCUCAAGACUUGGAGUAAGGUGUAUUUCUACCUCAGUUUCUCGAAGACCUGAAUUGGUACGGACAUUUCAUCAGAGUUCGAAACUAUACAAUGAAGCUCCAAAGGUUAAACGAGUCUUCUCCGGGAUCCAACCGACGGGGGUCCCUCACAUCGGCAACUACCUCGGAGCCAUCCAGAACUGGAUCCAGCUCCAGGAGGAGGAGAACACAGAGAUGAUCCUGAGUAUCGUGGAUCUCCACUCCAUCACGCUCCCCCAGGAUCCCAAGGAGCUGAGGGAGAGCAUCCUGACAUCGGUAGCUGUUCUCCUGGCUUGUGGGAUCGACCCUGAUAAAAGCAUUCUCUUCCAGCAGUCCAGUGUCCACCAGCAUGCAGAGCUGAGUUGGGUCUUGGGCUGCAAGACCACGCUUGCCAGACUAGGACAGUUCCCACAAUGGAAGGCCAAAGCAGGGAAUGACAAGACCAAGUCCUGCAUUGGCCUUUACACCUACCCAGUCCUACAGAGUGCAGACAUCCUCCUGUACAAAGCGACCCAUGUCCCAGUGGGUGAAGAUCAGCUGCCACAUCUAGAGCUGGCUCAAGACGUGGCCAGGAUCUUUAACAAUGCCUUUGGAGAAUUCUUUCCUACACCCAAGUCAAUCGUAGGUGACUUCAGGAAGAUCAAGAGCCUACGCAACCCUGAACAGAAGAUGAGCAAGUCAGAGCCAGACCCUAAGGGCAAGAUAGAACUCACUGAUUCCUGUCGGGACAUCCGAGAGAAGUUCAAGAAGGCCAAGACGGACUUCAUCUCGGAGGUGACCUUUGACCCAGAGUCACGACCCGGGGUGUCCAACCUUGUAUCGAUACUGUCUGCAUUUACAGGGAAAGAACCAAACAGGAUCUGCGGGAAGGCAGAAAUCAUGAACACGUCACAAUUCAAGAUGGUGGUUGCAGAUGUGGUCAACGAGAAACUGGAACCGAUUAGGAAUAAGGUCCAGGAACUCAGAAGGGACAGGGCCUACUUGGAGGAGGUCCUGAAGACCGGGCAGAAUAGGGCGCAGAAAAUUGCGGAAGAAAACUUUGAAACUGUUAAAAAGUUGGUUGGACUAUCAUAGCAGACAGAAACUGACUGAGGAAACCGAGUAAGAACCUGUGACUAGGUCCAGGUCUAGGACCUGGGAGGCCAGGGCCUACUUAUCAAAAAUGCCAAGGACCAGAGCGUGGAAAAUCACAGGAAAUCGCAGAUAAGACACUGUGUAAUAGAUGUUCAAACCCUAAGAGCAGGUAAAAAUCAGAAUUUGAUUAAAGAGAAAUUGAGCAACAAUAUCAAUAUAUUUGCAUUUUGUUACAAAAUAUUGCAUUUGAAGAGAGCCAAGUCAACUCCAGUGAUAUUCAUGCGUAUUCUGUUUGUUUUUUAUUUUUUUAAUUACUUGCAAUUUUGCAUGGAAGUUGAACAACCUUCAUGUUCAGGAGGAAGAUGUCUCUAUGACAGCUCCAAAACCAAAUUGACUUCAGACUUUAUAUGGCACUCAAAGAUCAGUCACAUUUAUUGGAGCUUGAAGGGUUUCUAUAAAAUAUUGUGUAUUCUAAAAGCUAUGUGAGGUAAUGCGUAUGUACAUGUAGAUGAAGGGUAUGGAAGCUACAUGUAGCAGAUGACCAGUGGAUACGAGCAUGAGAUAUGAACUAUGAACUAUAAAAUCACCCUGUGUUGUGUGACAAAAUCCUGCCAAAAAUCGUGCUCAGGGACUAGAUGUUGAUCAAUUAUCAAUGCAUGCCUUUCUAUGAAUAAUUGAGCAAGUUGAAGUAGCAUGACCAAAGAGGUGGGGAGAGGGACCAAGAAUGAGUUUGAAGUGUUACAGACACAUAAAUAUAGACACGAUUAUAGGAAUUUUAAUUUUUCCUCUCAAAGUGCAGUAAAUGCCACAUUAAGAAAUUUUAGAAUUGUAGGUAUUGAAAGAUUAAUAGAAGGAUGUGUUUGUCUUGGACUGAAAUAUGAAAUACAGUGAAACCUAAUUAUGAAGAUAUGACAUACGUGCUAUAUUCAUAAUUUCUGCAAAGUUGGCUGCAAAUUAAGAAAUGCAGUGAAUAGUGCCACUACAUUGUACCUUUGAAUAAUAACUAUCUUUUAAUAACAUCUUCAGAUUUUGCUUUGUCAGGUGAAUUAUGCAUUAUCCAAGCGUGCUUAUUUUUCUGUUUGUUUGAGAACAAAUGGGCUUUAAAUGAUUCCAAAGUCUGUUGAUUGUGUCAUAAGCUAUGACAGCAAAAUGGGACAUGUAUUUGUAUACAAGCUGCCACUGUGACCCAAUUCCCAUAUAUACAUGUACAUGUAUGUAGAGGCAUAAAAAAGCAAGACAUGCAGAAAUGUGAAAAAAUGCUUACAUUGCACGCACCCCAGCCCUGGGCCCCAUUACAUGAAACUUACCAUCCAUGGUAACUAUUAACGGUAACUACCAUGGCAACGUCACUCAAAAGUCAAUUUAUUUAAGGUUUCCAUGGAAGUUACCAUUAAUCGUGAAGUUACCAUCGAUGUAAAGUUUUAUGCAACAGGGUCCUGGUACUGUACAGGACCAUGCAUACAAAAAUGAUAUUUUAGUUCAGUGUUUUGUUUCUUUUGUCUCUUUUCUGUUUUUCUUCAUUCCCAUACAUCCCGAGGAUCUUUUUGUUAGUGUGAUAUUAAUUUUAUCGGACUGAUCCAUGUUUCUUCAGGAUCCUGGCCACAAUUGUUUCACCCUUGCUUUUAUGUACUUUCUCUUCAUGGGAUCGCCUCAUUUUUAUGUGUUUUUUUUUCACCUAAUUAUGUCAUUAAUCAUUUUAGCUACUUGUAUCUUUUGUACUUUAUGCAAUAUCCAAAUGUUUUAUGAAGCAAUAACCAACUUUCAGUAUAAUUCCACCUGAUUUAGCAAUCUUAUUUGGUGGCUAAAUUUGGAUGAGGAGUGGUGGCUUUUUUAUACAUGUACUGGAAGUGUUGAAUAUAAUUGUGACAAAGAGAAAUUCUAUGGCUUUCAUUUCAUAAAUGAAAAUGCUAUUCACAAUUAAAUUGUUGAAAUAUUGAAUACCCUUG